AUGACGGAAGCUUUUGAAGUCUACACCUACGUGGUGGCUGCAGGCGUCUUUGGCAUUCUAUUUGCAGCCUACCUGUUUUGGGAAGUGUCGAAGGUGAGAGUGACUCGCCGUGGUGACGGGUACUCGCUGCUUUCCUCGGAGGUGCGUCACCAAACCGCCGACCGUCUUUUUGAAAUCUUCUGUGCCAUUCAAGAAGGUGCACGAGCUUUCUUGCUGGCCGAAUAUACGCUGUGCUUUGCCUUUAUCAUUGUUUUCGGUGCCGUGGUGCUUGUGCUCACGUCUUUUGUCAACAAGGACGGCAAGUCGUUUGACUGGCUCUUUGGCACCCUUAACGCCACAGCCUUUGCUGUAGGUGGCCUCACUUCGAUGGCUGCUGGCUACAUGGGGAUGAUGGUUGCUGUCUAUUCAAACGCUCGUACCACAGUCUCGGCCAUGAAAGAGGGCGCACGUGGAUGGCGGGACUCAUUCAAUACGGCUUUUCGUGCUGGUGCCGUCAUGGGCUUUGGACUCAGCUCGAUGGCUCUGCUAGUGCUUUUCAUCCUGAUCAAGGCUUUUGAAACUCAAUACCCGCUGUCUUCUGAUCACAAGAAGCUUUUUGAGGCCAUUUCAGGCUACGGUCUCGGCGGCUCAUCUAUUGCCAUGUUCGGUCGUGUUGGUGGCGGUAUUUACACCAAGGCUGCUGAUGUCGGUGCUGACCUUGCUGGUAAGGUUGUCGAGAACAUCCCCGAAGAUGAUCCUCGUAACCCUGCUACAAUUGCUGACAACGUCGGAGACAAUGUCGGAGAUGUUGCUGGCAUGGGUUCGGACCUUUUUGGUUCUCUCGCUGAAGCCACGUGUGCUUGCCUUGUGAUUUCCACGCAGAGCUCCGAGAUUAUUAGUGCCGGAUGGCCAGCCGUUCUUUUUCCGCUAGUUAUCACUGCCACUGGAAUCUUUGUAUCCGCGAUUGUGAGCUUCCUGGCCACCCACGUGUGGCCUGUAAAGAAAGAGAAAGAUGUUGAGCUCGUUCUUAAGCUGCAGCUUUUUGGAUCUACUCUGCUAAUGACUCUCCUUAUUGUUCCCGUAUCCCUUUGGCUGCUACCGUCGACCUUCUCAAUCGGUUCUUCCUUCCAUGUGACUCCCAUUCGUGCUUUUUACUGCGUCGCUGUCGGUCUUUGGGGUGGCUGCAUCGUUGGAUUUGUGACUGAGUACUUCACUUCGCACAGCUAUACGCCAGUGCGUGAGGUUGCUCAUGCGUGUGAGACUGGUGCUGCUACCAACAUCAUUUACGCUGGUAUGUACGGAGUUGCUCUUGCCGCUCUCGGGUUUUUGGGUACACUCGCCACAUGUCUGGCGAUUGACGUGUAUGGUCCCAUCUGUGACAAUGCUGGUGGUAUCGCUGAGAUGGCAGAGCUUCCUGCUGAGGUGCGUGACAAGACUGAUGCUCUUGAUGCUGCUGGUAACACAACGGCGGCCAUCGAAGAAUCGAUCAACAUUUUGUCCCCAAUCACAUUUUCUGGACUUUUCAUUGGUGCCAUGUUACCCUACUGGUUUACUGCCAUGACCAUGAAGUCAGUCGGCACUGCUGCCAUGGAGAUGGUGAAGGAAGUGAAGCACCAGUUUGCAACUAUUCCUGGACUUCUUGAAGGUUUGCCGGGUCACGGUCCCCCGGACCAUGCUCGUUGCAUCAAGAUCUCGACUGAUGCCUCUUUGCGUGAAAUGAUUCCACCCGGACUCCUUGUGAUGUUAUCUCCCAUUAUUGCUGGCACCUUCUUUGGUGUCCACGCUGUAUCUGGUCUGCUUGUUGGUAGUCUGACUUCGGGUGUCCAGCUCGCUAUCUCACAGUCGAACACUGGUGGUGCUUGGGACAACGCAAAAAAGUUUGUGGAAAAGGGAUGCGUCUCCAUUGAAGACAAGGAAGGCAAAUUGGUUGUGCAGGGCAAGGGGAGCGCCAUUCACAAGGCCGCCGUAAUUGGUGAUACUGUCGGUGAUCCCCUAAAAGACACUUCUGGUCCGGCCCUGAACAUUUUGAUGAAGUUGAUGGCAAUUAUAUCGCUGGUAUUCGGUGACUUCUUUAAGAGUAUCAACAACGGCCGCGGUCUGUUCAAUGUUCCCGGUGAUGUUUCCUCGGUUUCUGCUGUCACUCCUGCUGUGGAGUCCACGGCCGGUCCCGGGGUUUAG